UACACUCUAAUAUUUAAAAAUGCAUGCAGCACCUAAAGAAGAUAGAAUUUUGACUGUCACAUUAAGAAAUCGAUCACACACACAAGUAAUAGACCAUGCUGCUGAUCGGCCUCAAGCACUAGAGGAUUCUUCAGUGCCAUUCCUUGAAGUAUUUAAUGUGCCUCAUUCAUCCCCAGCUCACAGUGAUGUUGGGUCUACAGGACAAUUAAUGUUGGAAGACAAAACAAGUAUAACUGAAAAUCAAUUAAUGUGGUCAGAGCCUAGUGAACCUGAGGAUGAGAGGUUCGUAUGCAGACAAAAUUGUAUACACACUGUCCAUUACAUGUACAAAAAGGCGAAUGAUAAUAAAGAAUGUAGAGCAGAUGGAAGUGUGGCAAGUGUGACGAAUGGUGGAGAACCUGUAACAACAAUUGAACAGCUGAAAGAAGCGUUGAAGAAUGAAAGGAAAGCUUUAAGUGCUUUAUAUGCAGAGCUAGAGGAAGAGAGAAGUGCGUCUGCCGUCGCUGCGAACCAGACUAUGGCUAUGAUAACAAGGCUUCAGGAAGAGAAGGCAGCAAUGCAGAUGGAGGCACUGCAAUAUCAGAGAAUGAUGGAAGAACAAUCUGAGUAUGAUCAAGAAGCCUUGCAACUUUUGAAUGAGUUGAUGAACAAAAUGGAGAGGGAAAAACAAGAGCUAGAGAAGAAACUGGAAAUUUAUCAGAAGAAAGUCCUGGAUUAUGAGGAAAAAGAGAAGACAAGGAUCAUGAGCAGAACCAAAGAUAAAAGUAAAGAAAGUAGAAAUUCUUCCUGCAGCCAAUCUUGGGAUAGUGAUGCACUAUCCAUUGAUCUUAGUCGUGAAGCAAGGGAUGAAGAUAGUUCUUUCCCUGAAGAAUGCAGUAACACCAAUAAUCCAGAUGAUGAAGCAACAUUAAGUUUGAAAGAAAUGGCACUGGAUUGUGUCAAGCAAAUGAGCAUUCUUGAUACCUCAUUGUCAGGCUUCCAGGAAGAGAGGUUGUCAAUUCUGGAUCAGCUUAAAGCAUUGGAAAAUAGGCUAAUAGUGUUGAGUAAAAAUGAGGACAACUCUCAGGAUGCUAACUUGGCCGAGAAUUGCUCAAAAAUCACUGAAGGAAAUCAGGAUUCCAGCAGUUUCGAAGAAAAACAAAUAUCAGAUGAGAAAAUAACAUUGGCAUCCAUGGCAAAGAGGCUUCUUCCACUUUUGGGUGUAGCAGCUGAGAAUAAUGAAGCUGAAGAAGGUUUAACAAAUGAUAAACAAGUCAGAACUGAAUCUGGUGCAAUGUAUAACUCGGCGACCAAUUCUGAAUUGCAUGAAACCAGAAUAGCCAUUGAGGAGGAGGUCGAUCGUGUUUAUGACAGACUACAAGCUCUUGAAGGAGACACGGAGUUUCUAAGGCACUGUAUGAGCUCCAUAAACCAAGAUGACAGCGGGAUGGAUCUUCUUCAAGAGAGCUUGCAACAUCUCCGAGAUUUGAGGGAUGUUGAACUCCACCUAAGAAACAUAGAUGAAUCUGCAGGUGCAUAAAGCAAAUUCAUAAGCGAUCUGCAGCCAGAGCCGUAACUAGCAUGUCUUUUGGGAGCAACUAGUACAACAAUGAUCCUUGUUAAUGGCUGCAUUUACCUAAAACAGGUGAUCACAAGGAACAUGCGGUGUGCGUGUGACCUAGUAUGUUUCUGUGAUUACUUCAGACCCACUCAAGCUGAGUCCCUUUGGUUUUCCUUCCCUAAUUUCUG